AUGGCUCCCUUCUACAAGACCGCCGCAGCAUUUUGCCUCGCCGGACUCUUUGGGCUCCAGUCCGUGGCGGCAACCGAAACAAAAUAUAAAUUUGAGACAUCAGAAGUGAAAGAAGAAGCCUACUUGACGGUCAGGUUGGCCCGUAAUGGAAAAAUUACAGCUACAACGAACGAUGUAGCAAGGGAUGAGGAUGUUCUCGCCGCCUUGCAGGAAAAAUUUGUAACCGAAAAUACAGCGCAAGAGCCGACUUGCGCGGCAUUGAUAAACGAAAAACUUAAGAAGGUCUUCCAUGUCAGUUUCUCAUAUACAGAAACUCCAAACUACAGUACACUCGUGGAGGGUGCUCUCAAGAACGGGCUGGAAGCAUUCAGCGAGGAGUACUUCAACGAGCUUAUUGCACGACAAGAUAAAUUAAAAAGUAUGACGAAAGAUGAUCUCAAGGAUCCUAUUGUAACCAGCUCUGCAAGUGCUGCCUUUCCCAGCAUUCUAACUGCCGGUUUGGUCGCCGUCGUGGCAGCUAUCUCUGCCUAG